CCCUCCCUAAGCAGGAUAUAUGUUACAUUCCCAGCUGCCAGACAGUCUGAGCAGCUGUACAGGUUUCCUACGGAAUAAAGAUUGAGCUAUGGUGGUUAAUGAAGAUUACCGCUCACUUGUUCGAGGUGUGAGCUCUCUGGAUUUGUCUGGGGACAAAAUUCCCUGCAAGCUGCUUCUAGAUGGAGAUUCCGCAUUCCCAGUGAUAGUGACCCCUGCAAAGGAUGUGCUUAUAGCUGCCUCUCGCUAUGGGAAGGGUCGUGUGGUCGUUACCGCUCAUGAAUCAUAUCUGGACAGACAGCAGCUAACCACUUUCCUGCAGAAUGCUGUGACAUGGCUGAAGCCGUCCCCAGGAUCAGUCAUCGGGGUGCAGAGUAACCUAGACCUCCUGGCUCAGACACUUUCUGCUGCAGGCUGCGCUGUUGAGAGGACCUCUGGCCUAAAACCAGGACUUGGAGUGCUGUGUAUCAGUGGCUAUGAUGACCAUGAAGCCCAGAGCAUCAUUUCCUUUGUGCGUGAAGGAGGAGGGCUUCUGAUUGGUGCCCAGGCCUGGAACUGGUCCAGCAGCCACAAAGAGGAAAAUGCUCUACUCAAAUUCCCUGGAAACAAAAUAACAUCAGUUUGUGGGGUGUACUUCACUUCUGUGUAUGGCGAAAAGGGGAUAUUUAAUGUGAGCCCAGAAAUGCCCAGAGGCCCAUUCUACAUGCCAACUGACUUCUCCUCUGAUCUGAAGCAUCUUCUGCAAGGUGUGUCUCAUCUGAACAUUAGUGGAGGAGCUGUACCCUCAGAACUACUUCUGCAUGGGGCUUUGACAUUUCCUAUUGGCCUGAGUGGUACGAAUCAAUGUUUUCUGGCUGGUGCAUAUUAUGGUAAAGGUCGAGUAGUUGUAGGAACACAUGAAAGUCAACUGUCAUCACCACAACUCCAGCAAUUUAUUCUGAAUGCUAUAUCAUGGUUGGACAAGGGGAGGAAGGGACAGAUUGGUGUUAACAAGAGUGUUCAAAAUCUCUACAAACUCUUGCAGAAAGAAAAUGUCCCCAGCAAGGUGACAAAUCUGGUUGCUGAUAUCAGUGUGUACUGCUGUAAUUCAUAUAGUGACCAUGAGGCAGAAGCCAUCCAGAGGUUUGUAGCAGAAGGAGGGGGUCUCUUUAUUGCAGGUCAUGCAUGGUACUGGUCCUAUCAGAAUUCAAGUCGUGAGGUGCUUUCUGAUUACCCAGGCAACAAGAUCCUGAAUAAAUUAGGAAUCAGUAUUCUGACAAGCACUGUUAAACAAGAGAAUUAUAAGGCUUUAAAUCCGGAUGAAGCCUCAAAAUGUUAUAGUUUUCGUAAAGCUCUUAGUCAGUUGCUUAGUGACUUAAAGAGUGGAGCAGAUUUUAAACCCCCACUGAGCUACUGGCUUCCCAGAUUUAGACAGGAUGUCUCAAGAUUCAUGAGGCUUCCAGGUGGCCCUCUGAUUUCUGCUAUACAGCAAAAGUUGAUUCAUAGGAUGCAGCAUUGUGAGAUGCCAAACAUCAGCAAACAGUGUCCCGCGAAAAGUGGAUCCAAAGAAGCAUUGAUGGUGUGUUUGGCUCAUGAGGUCAGUUGUUUAAGCGUGGAUUGUCAUCAGGAACACCAUGAACACCAUCUUCAAGACAAUUCUUCAGUAACCGUGCAAAUCGAUGGUACAAACCCAGGUCAUGAUGCCUGGAGAAGCACAGGACUUUAUCUUCCACCCAGAAGAACAGCGACUCUUCUGUUCCCAGCCACAGUUAUGGGGAAAGGCCUUGAGGUGCAAGUUGGUUGUCACACUGAUGACCUGAGCAGCGCAGACAAGUUAUGCCGUGCGCCAGUGGUGACCCGCAGAUUGUGUGUUGAUUGUGAGAAGAUGUCUGUGUCAUGCUUCUGGGGAGGACUUCUUUAUAUCAUUGUUAAAGAGAAGAAAGAAUUGGGGAUGAUCCCAGUUACAGUGUAUGGAGCAGAGCCAGCCCCAACCUUUAUACAUGGUCAGACGACCCUCUCGUCAUGGAAGGAUAUGAUCAGCCAUUCCCUAUCUCCAUGGGCUGAGCUGAUCACAGAAAACAUCAUCUUGACUGUACCCACUGACUCUGUACGAUCGCUGGAAGACCCUGAACCUCUGCUCUCUCUGUGGGACAAAUUCAUGAACGCCAUCACUGACCUUGCUGCAAGUCCCAAGAAAUUCCCACGACCUGAGAGAUUUGUGACAGAUGUGCAGAUCUCCGCUGGUUGGAUGCACGCUGGGUACCCUAUCAUGUGCCACUUAGAAUCAGCCGGUGAACUCACAAAUGUCCAAAAUAUACAGCGUUCAGGCUUUUGGGGACCCAUUCAUGAGCUUGGACACAAUCAGCAACGGAGUGUGUGGGAGUUUCCCUCACACACCACAGAGGCCACGUGUAACCUCUGGUCUGUGUAUGUGCACGAGACAGUGUUGGGGAUACCACGGGAUCGCGCCCACCCUGCAUUAAAGCCAGAUGAGCGAAGUAAGAGAAUAAAAAUGUACUUACAGAAUGGGGCAAAGCUGAAGGACUGGAGUGUAUGGACCGCACUGGAGACCUAUUUACAGUUGCAGGAAGCCUUCAGCUGGGACCCAUUUAAGAAGCUCUUCGCUGAAUACCAGACCAUGCCCGGCAUAAAGAAUGAAAAUAAUUACAAGAUGAAUCUGUGGGCGCAGAAGUUCUCUCAGGCUGUGCAGAAGAACCUGGCUCCUUUCUUCAAGGCCUGGGGCUGGCCCCUAGAGGACGAAACAUGCAAACAGCUGUCUGCACUCCCUGAGUGGGAGAAUAAUCCUAUGAAGUAAUCUGUUAAACCAAAAUGAGUUAUACUCAGUAUUACACUGUGUGCCUAUAGCUUUUUAUUUUCCAAAUUACAAAUAUGGACACUGUUUUAUACACACACACACACACACACACACACACACACACACACACACACACACACACACACACACACACACACACACACAUAUAUAUAUGUAUGUAUGUAUAUGUGUGCGUGUGGUUGUCUUAGACUCUUGAAGAUAAGAGAAGGCUGCAUUUACCAUUAUAACCUCCCUUGCUAUAAAUUCCACAGCUUAGAAGUAUUUCCUGUUUUGUUAGACCUAUAUUAUUGAAUAGUUCUAAUAGUUUUUCUUUUUUAGAUAUAGCUCACAGAAUAGAGUAAUUAUGUCAGGGCUAAAUAGCAAUCAACCCGCACAUUCUAGGUAUAGGUAACUGCAUUGCAAGACUUCUAUCUCUAAAUGUGCUACUUGUGGGUGAUCAGCACACACAAUAUACAGCGACACUAACCUAUGUCUGCUGCUACUAUGUAUGGCUGGUUGAUAAGCUUCUUUCUGGCUGUCUUUACUAAUAUACUCCUUGCACCAGCCACAAACCCUCCUCAUUAUAUAGUAGCCUACUUAUGACUGUGUGCCCUCAAUAAACCCUAACCAUAUCUGGCCCUGGUUCCCUAACAAUCCUCUCAAUGUAAUAUCCUCCUAACAUCCAAUAGAAUGCUAACUACUUAAUUCUCUCCAUAACCACCUACUGAAUAUGAAAUCAUCCACAUGGACUUACCUCCACACAAUCCGCCAACAAUAAAUUCCCCGCCCUGGGAUCCCUCCUUGGCAAACAUCCAAUAAAAACUAAACACCCUAUUUGUAUUCAAAAACACUCCCAAACAUUAACUAAUUAGUAGAAUAAGAGGGCUCAGUUUUGGUAGUGAGACUAAUAACUGGAAUUUUUAAUGAUAAACCAGAGUAUUGAAAAUGGAACCAAAAAGCUUCAGCAAGGCAUUUCACUGGGUAUUGUUUCAUUUGGUGACAGUUUGCUAUUUUAGUGGUUAGGAAGGGGGGUAUGAGUUAGCUGUGUUUGUGUCGGGGAAUUGCAGCAGGGUUCAUUUAGUGUGGGGGCUGCCAGUGGGGACUGUAUUAGUGGAUUGGGAGCUGCUAUGGGGGGAUUAUAUUAGAGGAUUGAGGGCUGCA